AUGACGAACGAGAUUGGUAUCGCAAAUCUGCCCAACCAGCGGCACAAGAUAGUGAACCAGCAGGGUGCUCACUUCACCAUCAUGGUCGUUGGCGAGUCUGGGUUGGGCAAGACAACGUUCAUCAACACCUUGUUCGCGACCGAGAUUUGCGCGCCUAGGAACUACAGACAAAGAUGGGCGAAGCAACUGGACAAAACGACCGAGAUUGAGGUGUUGAAGGCGGAUCUGGAGGAAAGGGGGUUCAACAUCAAGUUGACUGUUAUUGACACACCUGGCUUCGGAGACUACGUCAACAACCGGGACAGCUGGUCUCCCAUCAUUGACUUCAUCGAUGACCAGCACGAGUCCUAUAUGCGUCAAGAGCAGCAGCCACACCGGAAGGAGAAGCAGGACAUGCGUAUCCACGCGUGCUUGUACUUUGUCAAGCCAGGAGGACAUGCCCUCAAGCCACUCGACGUUGAGAUCAUGAAGCGCCUCGGAUCGCGCGUCAACCUCAUCCCCGUUGUGGCCAAGGCGGACACCAUCACCCCUGAAGAUCUCCAGAAUUUCAAGAUCAAGAUCCGUGAAGUGAUCAACGCGCAAGGGAUCAAGAUCUACACCCCGCCUAUGGAUGCCGACGACGAGAGCGCGUCAGAGCACGCUAGGCAGACGCAGGCGAUCAUGCCGUUCUCGAUCAUCGGGUCUACGCAGGACGUGACGACCCCGGAUGGGCGGGUCGUCAAGGGCCGAGAGUACCUCUGGGGUGUCGCGGAGGUGGAAAACGACGAGCACUGCGACUUCAAGAAACUCCGCUCCCUCUUGAUCCGGACAUACAUGCUCGACCUCAUCGCCUCGACCGAGGAGAACCACUACGAAGCGUACCGUCUGGCUCAGAUGGAGACAAGGAAGUUUGGGGAGCCCAAAGUCCGCAAGAUCGACAAUCCCAAGUACAGGGAGGAGGAGGAGAUGCUCCGGAAGAGGUUCACGGAGCAGGUCAAGCUCGAGGAGGCGAGGUUUAGGCAGUGGGAGCAGCAUCUUAUCACUGAGCGGGACCGGCUCAAUAAGGAUCUGGAACAGGCUCAUUCGUCCAUCAAAUCUCUUGAGAACGAGCUGGAGCAGAUGUCGGCGUAUCACCGUCAGGGAAGCACGAGUGGGCGGCGUUAA